CUUUCCUUACUUGCCUUACUACUCCGUAACUACCUCUUAUACUAAUCGUCGUACCCAUACCCUGUCACUAUUAUUCAUCUCACCUUCGUCUCUAGUCGAUGAUACAUUCCAUCACAGAGACCAUCAUCCUAUAGGCCCACACACUACGGAGCGGUCUAUAUACGUUGAAACGUUGCGCGAGGCAUUCACAUAUUGCAGCAAUCCUUGGCACUGGACCGUUGAAGCUACGAGAGAUGGCAGACUCUUCAGCCGUUGUGUUAAAACAGCUUUCAGACCAUUUGUUACAAAUAGAUCAAGACCCCACCACAAAUCUUGAUACCGAAUUGUUGGAACAAUGUGAACUCUUCACAAGCACGUCCGAAUACCGCACUAAGAUAUGGAAGGAGACUCAACCGUUGUUCCUACAGUUAGCCAGCCUGCUCCCAAAACUCCAACAAGACCCUACGCCUCUAACACAUUUCAUCAUCAAACUGGCUGUACCCUAUCGGUUUGAAGAUAUCAAAGAGGUGGAGUUUGAGAUAGGCCUGAACCUUGAAGCAACGCUAUUCCAUAGCCUCAUCCUGACCCUUCUAGGAAAGGCCGCAGCGGGCCCCUCUGAUGCAGCAGCGUUAGCAAAUAGGCCGGGGGUGAUCUAUGCCAUUGUCCGACUCUGGCUGUGCUCACCAGAUGCAGGUAUCAGCACACAGGCCUCUCAACUUCUUCUUUCUCUGCUUCGUAUAUCCAAGGACGAACCAGGACCUCAUCCUCACCACGAACAACUCUACCAAUAUGGCUCGGCUCCAAUAUGGAAACGUCUCUUUCAUGACAGUGACAUAUACUCGCUCUAUUACCACUACACUACCUUCGCAAAGCUCACUGUCACUGCCGAGCCCUCGUUGGCCAAGCGCGACCGGACUAUUGCCCAAGCAAGAUUGUUGGAGUGGCUACCGCAUGUAGGAAAGAUGGACUGGAAGGCCGUGACUUCCUCUUUCAACCCAGAGCUUGAAAGGAAUGUUGGCCUGGCGGACGAUCAAGGGCUGCUCCAUUAUGCCUCAUUAAAGAUGGUAGACGCAGCAGAUGACAUUCUGAUGCACAUGACUCUCUUAAGCUUCUAUAGCGAUUUGAUCACAGCAAUCAAAGACACUCCACAUCUCACGAAUCAACACUCCAGUCUUUCUCUAGACUUCUUGAAGGACCAAGGCAUCCACAAGCAGAUCAUAGAGUUCCAUACCAGCGACAGUCCUGGACUCGAGCACUCUUUUCUCAGUAGCCGGACAGCGCACUACAUCAGCGAAUAUGCAUCAACAUACCCAGUUGAUUUCGAGCAAAGCCCAGAGAUGCAAAGCAUACGACAAUACAUACAUCGCAAUAUCAGCAGGUGUGAGCCGAAUGAUCUCAGCGUACUUGCCUCCAUGCCGCGUGCUACUCUCGUUCCACGGAAAUCUACGGGUCUGGCUUGGAAUGAUGCAGUGUUGUUGGACAUUCCCAUAUCUCGAACAAAUCCAGAUGCUCUCAAGACACUUGCGACCGUAUUCCAUGGGCCUCCUGCAGAACCCAUCACCUUUCCCCAACCAGUAAUUACAAGUACUCAAAGGGAACGUAAUGUCACAGAGAGAGUGUUUGCGCGCCUUCUGACUGCGUUAUAUUACUCUCGGAACACAAGCUUCUUCACAGAUAUUGUCAAGCAUGCAGACCUGAUUGCAAUGAAGGAGAACGCGCUUGCGGCGCUGACCCUUCUACGAUCCAUCAUCACAUCGAGCUGGGACACGCAAGCGUCAUCCGUUGUAAUUGAGGAAAAUGACCCCAUAUACCAGCAGUUACAACAAUUCCCAAAAACUGGAGUUGACGCUGUGCUUGAACCUAGCAUCAGUGGCGGAGUGCUGCCGUACUUGAUGAAGCCUGCGACGACCUUUUCGAAUCUUGUCGGAGGACGAGGUGACGCCGAAAAUGCAGCCUACCAAGUCGCGAUGGCGAAAUUCGAUGUAUUACAAGCUCUUGGCGAGAGGCUAGAGAAGGACGGAGGAAGACAGGAUGUCAUUGCCAUGAUCAGGAAAAGAGUGGCUGAAGGGCCUUGGGGUGUGGGAGGCAGUGCAGGAAGCAGAAUCGGUACCCUAGAGCUGUAAUAAAUCGUGGAUUUAUUAGAUCAGACGGACGAAAAAUGGAAAUCACAGCGAAAGUUUAAUGUAUCGGGAUAUCGAGUGCUUGGUUAUUAGGGGUCUGUUCUCUCAGAUCCGUUGAUCCUCAUAUGGAUGAUGGGCGAAAUCUGGUACGGCGAUGUCAUAUGCGAAAGACGACAAUCUCCAGAAUCCCAUGGCAUGAUA